CUAACCAUGAAGACAAAUAUUAUCAAUACGUGGCACUCCUUUGUAAAUAUCCCCAAUGCUAUUGUACCAGCUAUUGAAAAGGAAAUAAGAAAGAUGGAAAAUGGGCCAUGUAGCUCCUUUUCUGACAAUAAUGACAGAACCUCUCUAUCUGAUGAAUCAGAGGAGAACUCCCAUGCAAGGACUUCCUUUCGAAACAACUCACACAUAAGGAGAGGACCAUCACAAAGGAAGCAGCUCCUGCCUGGCACCAUGGCUUUUUUCAAUGUUAACAACAGCAGUAACAAGGACCACGAGCCAAAAGAAAAAAAGAAAAAGAAGAAGGAGAAGAAGAGCAAGGCAGAUGGCCAGAAUGAAAAUAAAAAGGACCCAGAGAAGAAAAAGAAGAAGGAAAAGGAGAAAGAGAAGGAGGAGGAGAAAAGCAAAGACAAGAAAGGAGAGGAGAAGAAAGAAGUCGUGGUUAUUGAUCCUUCAGGAAACACAUACUACAACUGGCUGUUUUGCAUCUCUUUACCUGUGAUGUACAACUGGACAAUGAUCAUUGCAAGAGCAUGUUUUGAUGAACUCCAAUCUGAUUACUUAGUGUAUUGGCUCGUUUUUGAUUAUGUAUCAGAUAUAGUCUAUCUUGUCGAUAUGUUUGUACGAACAAGGACAGGUUAUCUAGAACAAGGGUUGCUGGUGAAAGAUAGACUGAAACUCAUAGAGAAAUACAAAGAAAACUUGCAAUUUAAACUUGAUGUCCUGUCAGUGGUACCAACGGAUCUGCUGUAUUUUAAGUUGGGGUGGAACUACCCAGAAAUUCGAUUAAACAGAUUAUUAAGGGUCUCUCGCAUGUUUGAGUUCUUCCAGAGAACAGAAACGAGGACCAGCUAUCCAAAUAUCUUCAGGAUUUCAAACCUCAUUAUGUACAUUGUCAUCAUUAUCCAUUGGAAUGCUUGUGUGUACUACUCUAUUUCAAAAGCUAUUGGAUUUGGGAAUGAUACAUGGGUCUACCCUGAUGUUAAUGAUCCUGAAUUUGGCCGUUUGGCUAGAAAAUAUGUCUACAGCCUUUACUGGUCUACAUUAACCUUGACAACCAUUGGUGAAACACCACCUCCUGUGCUGGAUUCUGAGUAUAUCUUUGUGGUGGUUGACUUCUUAAUUGGAGUUUUAAUUUUUGCCACCAUCGUCGGUAACAUAGGUUCCAUGAUUUCCAACAUGAAUGCAGCCAGGGCAGAAUUUCAAGCAAGAGUCGAUGCUGUCAAACAGUACAUGAAUUUUCGAAAUGUAAGCAAAGAUAUGGAAAAGAGGGUUAUUAAAUGGUUCGAUUACCUGUGGACCAACAAAAAGACAGUUGAUGAGAAAGAAGUAUUGAAAUAUCUGCCUGACAAACUAAGGGCAGAGAUUGCCAUCAAUGUUCAUUUAGACACAUUAAAAAAGGUUCGCAUUUUUGCUGACUGUGAAGCUGGUCUGUUGGUGGAGUUGGUCUUGAAGUUACAACCUCAAGUAUACAGUCCUGGUGAUUACAUAUGCAAGAAAGGGGACAUUGGGCGAGAGAUGUACAUCAUCAAAGAAGGCAAACUUGCCGUGGUGGCAGAUGAUGGAAUCACUCAGUUUGUGGUGUUGAGUGAUGGCAGCUACUUUGGUGAGAUCAGCAUUCUUAACAUCAAAGGCAGUAAAGCUGGCAAUCGAAGAACAGCUAAUAUUAAAAGCAUUGGCUACUCAGACCUGUUCUGUCUCUCCAAAGAUGACCUCAUGGAAGCUCUUACUGAGUACCCAGAUGCCAAAACUAUGCUGGAGGAGAAAGGGAGGCAAAUCUUAAUGAAAGACGGUCUAUUGGAUGUAAACAUUGGAAAUGCUGGUAGUGACCCUAAAGAUUUUGAAGAGAAGGUCAUUCGGAUGGAGGGGUCAGUGGACCUCCUACAAACACGAUUUGCCCGCACCUUGGCCGAGUAUGAGUCGAUGCAGCAGAAACUCAAGCAAAGAUUAACCAAGGUGGAGAAAUUUCUGAAACCUCUUAUUGAAACAGAAUUUUCAGCUCUUGAGUAA